GAGGUGCUGCGCAUGCGCCGCGAGGGGGUAUAUCGCUUCUGCUUCUCCCCCUCCUGGGGCGGGGCCUCGAAUGGGUGGGACAGGGCCUGAGAAAGCAUGGCGGGCCGCCCCGGCGCCAUGCUGGCAGCCACAGUGAUGCUUUGGGUCUGGAGCGGCGGCGGGGCCGAGCCGGGACCAGAACCCGAGGAUGAGGCAGAAUGGGCAGAGCCCUGGGAUGGUACGGUUUUCCGGCCGCCUACUGCGCUGGGCUCGGUGGGAGUAGCGCGGAGCUUAGGGAAGCCAAUGUCAGACGACGAUGAGAGCGAGCUGCCCGUCCUGCUGUGGUGGAGCCCCGGCUUGUUCCCCCACUUCCCUGGGGAUUCAGAACGCAUCGAGUGCGCGCGUGGCGCGUGCGUGGCCUCCCGGGAUCGGCGGCGGCGGCAAGAGCCGCGCACGCGCGCGUUACUCUUCUACGGCACAGACUUUCGUGCGUCCGAGGCGCCUCUGCCCCGCUUGGCGCAUCAGAGCUGGGCGCUGCUGCACGAGGAGUCGCCCCUCAAUAACUUCCUGCUAAGCCACGCGCCCGGAAUCCGCCUCUUCAACCUCAGCGCCACGUUCAGCCGGCACUCCGAUUACCCGUUGCCUCUGCAGUGGCUUCCCGGGCUCGCCUAUCUGCGCCGUGCCGCGCCCACGUCGCAGGAGCGCGCGGCCUGGCGCCGCCGUGGCUACGCGCCACUCCUCUAUCUGCAGUCCCAUUGCGACGUACCCUCAGACCGCGACCGCUACGUGCGCGAGCUCAUGCGCUACAUUCCGGUGGACUCUUAUGGCAAGUGUCUACAGAAUCGCGAGCUGCCACCCCGGCUGCGAGACACGGCCACGGCCACAUCGGAGGACCCCGAGCUUCUGGCCUUCGUGUCCCGCUAUAAAUUCCACUUGGCUAUGGAGAACGCCAUCUGCGAAGACUACAUGACGGAGAAGCUGUGGCGGCCCCUGCACCUGGGGGCUGUGCCCGUGUACCGCGGCUCGCCAUCCGUGCGCGACUGGAUGCCUAACGAGCGCGCCAUUAUCCUAGUGGACGACUUCGAGUCGCCGCAGCAGCUGGCUGCCUUCAUCGACUUUCUGGACAAGAACGACGAGGAGUAUGCCAAGUACCUGGCCUACAAGCAGCCUGGGGGCAUAACUAACCGGCUCCUUUUAGACAGCCUGGAGCGCCGGGAGUGGGGGGUGAACGACCCUCGGCAACCCAGCUAUUUGCAAGGCUUCGAGUGCUUUGUCUGUGACCAUGAGCUGGCCCGGCUGGCCGCUGACAGAGCCCACGAAGCCGCCCCCGCCCACGUCUCGCCCCCGCCCCCCCGGAUCGUACAACAUUCCCACAUGGCCUGCCCAGAGCCCACCCCAGGCUUUGGAAGGCUGGAGGAGAUCCCCGAGAAUGACAGUUGGAAAGAGAUGUGGCUACAAGAUUACUGGCAAGGCCUAGAUCAAGGUGAGGCCCUCACUGCCAUGAUCCACAACAAUGAGACACACCCGGGGAAGUUUUGGGAUUACAUGCAUGACAUUUUCCUCCGAAGGAACCAGUAUCCCCAGCCACCUACAUGAAUGCCCUUGACCUUGGCACAACUGAAGUGAGGAAGGACCCUAGAGAGGGUAGAUUUCCUUUCUACUUUGUGACUUAAAGGGAAAGCCACCAUUUCUUCGAGGAAUGAAGAUUUCCAGGAUAUUCCCCCACAUUCCUACUGUCAUGCUGCUUGGCAUGUGGUUUCAGAAAAGCCCCUGGACCCUCAACGAAGAGGGAAAUUGAACUGUUUUAUCCUGAAUGGUCCUGGUGAGGAUGCAGGUACCUCCUACAUUCUAAUGGGUUUGAUUGAGAGCUGGUGAUCAGAGUUAAAUAGCAUUUUUUAAAAGACUAUUUAGUUCUCCACAUAUUUCAUCUUCUGGGGUCUUAUCUGGGCUAACUAACUGUGGCAUUGGAGGUAACGUUAUAGCCACUUCACCCAUGUGCACAUUAAAACAAAAAUCAAGAAACUGAGGGUCAGGUGAAAUGAUUAACCUUCAGUUUUGUAGUUUACUAGUGACAGAGACCAAAGUAGAUUGGUUAUUCUGGCCCUUAGUUCAAUCUUUCCUUGAUUCUACUCUACCUCGAAAAUACAAUGGGGAGAGUCUUCCUGAGUAUCUUUUUGUGAUGUUAAGAUAUACAAAGAGCCAGCCAGUGAACCAAAAUACAAUCUCGUUUGUGGUUUUGUUAUUCAGUUAAUUUUUUUGUUACAUUUUCAUGUGCUACAAAGUAAUUCUCUACAGAAUCAUGGAAAAGUUGCUAAAGAUAACUACUUUUAUACAGACCUUUUGAAUACCUUACUUUCUAAAACUUUCCACCCCAAAUGGAUUGACUUAGUUUGCUGCUGUUGUGUAGUUUGUCUUCUUCCAGCCAUAUGAUGUUAAGACAUUAUAAUAUCUAUUGGCAAUGCAUUAUUCAGUCUAGCUGUUCAGGACAGAAUAAAACCAAGGCACCAAGCUAAUGGGGAUAGGAAGGGAAGAGAUGGUGGCCACAAGUGGUUGGGUAAGUAAAAAGCUAUAGUCAGUCAACUUUGGGGAUACAGCCAAACCCACUUAAAUCACUGUGGUUUGUAAAUACCGCUUGACUUCCUCUGAACACGAAGACCAUAGACCUUUUUUAGGGCAGUAGAGCAAGAGUAUGUUGGAUCUUAAGACUGAUACAAAGAUUUUGUAGUAUUCCAUUGGUGAACAGCUUUCAUGCCUUUCUUAUAGCCACAAUCUACACCCAUUUACACACCAGUAUUGUUAGAUUGUUUUCUGAAGUUUGUCCCUCCUUUUGCUAAUGAGAGCCUCCUAGCAUUGAGUAUAUCUGGCCAUUAUAAAAAGGAAUUUUCUUUGGAGCUCAGAAAACGAUGAGACUUUGAUAACAAAAACAAAACGCACUUUACAACAGAUUAAAAAGGCUGCCUAAUUUCUCUUUGGGUAUUAUAAAGCUCAGUGAGGAAAGAUUUAAAGGAAGUGAGAUGAAUAAUAAUCAACCAAAGCUUUCAAUAACUUACCAUUUAAAUAUGAUACUAUUCUGGGCAGCUACAAAAGAAAUUAAAAGCAGCACUUGCCUUCUGAAUUUACAACUUUAGAAACAUUAAUAAUAUAGGACAUAUAUUAGACAAAACUAGUUUGAUGUUAUUUACAUUAUGUGCAAUAAGAAAGGAUCAAUGCUUUUAUUAGAAUGGUAGGGAAGGUGCUAGAUUCAUCUCUGCCAUCCUUUCUAAUUAUAGAGGUGCAUUACAGCACUUUAUAUGCACCUAGUGGAUCAGUCAUUAGGGAAUUAUAGCAACCAUGAGGUGAGACCUGAUUGCUAGUGCUGUUUAGUCUAUUCUUUUUUACUCACUUGCUAAUAACAUGAGAAAGCAAGCAUAGCACCAGCCAUUUGUAUGGCAAAGCAGAUAACACUGGACACUGGUGAGAUGGAGUGGGGCCACAUAGGAGCUAAGGAACUCAAGUGAGGAUUUUCCUUUCUCUAUGGAGAACCAGACCAGUAUGAACUUCAUUUUGUCUUUGAGAUUUGAGAUAUGCUGCUCUUGAUUUACUAAUUGGCUAUAUCAGCAACACAGGAAAAACCUGGUUAUUCUCAGAUUUAUCCCCUGAAGAGUUAGUUUACUUUAUGUUGGUAUUUUGGAAUCACAGUGCCAUUUAAGUUUGCAGUGACUUGUUACUGUUUUUAUAUUAUUAUAUCAGAUUUAAUUUUCUAAUAAAAUGUUUUUAUUAUAUAUACUCUCACCUA